AUGGAUAUUCUUCGCCAUUCGUACCAAUAUGGUACCUCCCUUCUGGGAUCCUCAUCACGCUCCGUGCCCUACAACGCUUACUUGUUUGGCGGCGACAUCUCCCGGUCUUUAUCACCACUCCUUCAUGGAAUCCUCUUUCGAUCAGUCGGCGCAUCUUGGGAAUGCCAUCUUUCCCAGACGACAGAGAAGUCCAAGUUUUUGGAAACUAUCACCGCAACAAACACGAUUGGAUCAUCAAUCACCAUGCCCAAUAAGAUCACUUUCGGCCGGCUCCUGGACGACUUGACCGAUGAGGCCCGAACAAUUGGAGCGACUAAUACAACAUUUGUGCGUCUCGAUGCCACUGGGAAUCGCCGCUAUAUUGGAACAAACACAGACUGUAUUGGAGUCCGGGACGCAAUUCUCCAGCAACAUCCGAACGCCCUCGCUUCCGCAGCGGGGAAACCUGCGAUGGUAGUGGGGGGUGGCGGGGCAGCCAGAAGUGCUAUCUAUGCAAUUGGGAAGUGGUUCUCGCCAUCUGAGAUUUACAUUACAAAUCGACUUGAAUCGGAGGUUGAUGAUAUCGUGAACCACUUUACUGCCGCAAUGCCCGAUGUCAAGCUGCGGUACAUCCCGGAUGUUGCAACCGCCCACAAACUACCAGACCCGUCGAUAAUCGUUGGCACAAUUCCAGACUAUCCACCCUCUCAGCCAGGUGAGCUUCUAAGCUGGCAGAUCUGCGAGGCAAUCCUGGCGAAAGCCGACCGGGGGCUGUUGGUGGAUAUGUGCUAUAUGCCAGUACCGGAGACACGACUGGUAAAUGCCGCAAAAAACGCAGGAUGGGAGGUGAUUCUAGGUACAGAGGUCUUGGCCAGAGUCUGCGUAGCCCAGCAGAUCUUGUGGUUGGAGUGCGAAUCGAAUGAAGAAGGGGUGAAACAAGCAGUAGCAGUGAUCGCGCCCUAA